UCUUUUGACAGUGGACAGCUGACAUAUCACCACUUUCCUUCUACUGUGAGUGUAUCUAGAUGGACGGAAAGGAAUGGCCAGCCCCUGGUUAUGGUCAUCUAAGAUCACCUCUGAAAUGCUGUGAGCCCCUCUUCCUUCCUCUCCUCUGUUAUUUCCCAUCUCUGCUGUUGGCAGGAGAAUAGAAUCCUGGCUGCCAGAUAUGCAAGUGUGUGACGAUAUGGGUGCUGGUGCAUAUUUAAUAUGUACCUGUGUCCAGCCAUGUGCACAUGUGGGUGUGUGAGUGUGUGGCCCAGCCCUUCCCCCGUGGCCAAGCAGAGAGGGUGGCCUUGAGGAAGCCAUAGCAGCAUGGCCUCUGCUGCCUCUGUGACCAGCCUGGCAGAUGAAGUCAACUGCCCCAUCUGCCAGGGUACCCUGAGGGAGCCGGUCACUAUCGACUGCGGCCACAACUUCUGCCGGGGCUGCCUUACUCGCUACUGUGAGAUCCCAGGCCCAGACCUGGAGGAGUCCCCUACUUGCCCACUCUGCAAAGAACCCUUCCGUCCUGGGAGCUUCCGGCCCAACUGGCAGCUGGCUAACGUGGUGGAGAACAUCGAGCGCCUCCAGCUGGUGUCCACACUGGGUUUGGGAGAGGAGGAUGCCUGCCAGGAGCACGGAGAGAAGAUCUACUUCUUCUGUGAGGAUGAUGAGAUGCAGUUGUGCGUGGUGUGCCGGGAGGCUGGAGAGCACGCUGCCCACACCAUGCGCUUCCUGGAGGAUGCGGCGGCUCCCUAUAGGGAACAAAUACAUAAGUGUCUUAAAUGUCUAAGAAAAGAGAGAGAGGAGAUUCAAGAAAUCCAGUCAAGAGAAAAUAAAAGGAUGCAAGUCCUCCUGACUCAGGUGUCCACCAAGAGACAACAGGUGAUUUCUGAGUUCGCACACCUGAGGAAGUUUCUAGAGGAACAGCAGAGCCUCCUCUUAGCACAACUGGAGAGCCUGGAUGGAGACAUCUUGAAGCAACAGGAUGAAUUUGAUUUCCUGGUUGCUGGAGAGAUCUGCCGGUUUAGUACUCUUAUUGAAGAACUGGAGGAGAAGAAUGAGAGGCCAGCAAGGGAGCUCCUGACGGAUAUCAGAAGCACUCUAAUAAGAUGUGAAACCAGAAAGUGCCGGAAACCAGUGGCUGUGUCCCCAGAGCUGGGCCAGAGGAUUCGGGACUUUCCCCAGCAGGCCCUCCCGCUACAGAGGGAGAUGAAGAUGUUUCUGGAAAAACUACACUUUGAGUUGGACUAUGAGCCAGAUGACAGAAGGAGGGUGGCCUGUGGGUGGGAAAGAAAUGAACAGAAGGGACCCCUUCAAGGCUGUCGUUUCUCAAUCAACCAGCCUAAGGACCUGGGAGUCACAGAGUUGUUGGAGGGGGUUCUCUAA